AUUACCCCAAAGUGUCACCAAUAUCCCCGCUUCGAUUAAUUGCGUGCUCAAGACCCUGGAAUUCAAUAACCAUCCGACAUCCGCGACCAUAUUAAUAUUAUCUCCCCUCCCACAUUUUAAACACUGCCAUCGAAAUAAUUCAACGCCGUAGUGGUCGCUUGCGCUGAUAUCACCAACAUCUUCGCUUAUCGCGACUCGGGCCGAGACGCGCACAGUUGCGCGCAUCCGGGGAAACUGAUUUCGCACUGAAGAUAAGAGAUGGCACCAGCUAUGUCGACUUUAUCGGACGAGGGAUCGCUUUCGCGAGAGCGACAGCAUGGACAAGACGAGAACGAUGUGGUGGUACCUUCGAGUCCGCUCCUAGAGUCGAGAUCAAGAUCACCAGCUGGGUUGAGGGCGAAACUGGGCUUGGGCGGUGUUGCGAGAAGAACCCUUGGCUUUGCGCUGUUAUUACUUACGGUGUUCCUAUGGACAUUAUACAAUUUCAUCGCCAGUUACAUGUUCUCCGAUCAAACAUACAACAAGCCUUUCUUUAUCGUUUACCUCAAUACCUCGAUAUUCGCCAUCUCAUUAAUACCCAAAUUCUUCAAAUACCUACGGAAACACGGAGUCAGUGGAAUGCGACAUGAUGCGACACAAUUAUGGUCCGACUACAAGCAUGGCAGAAUAAAUACGAAGUCACUCUAUCAAUCCGAAGACGAACAGGCAACCGAGCGCUUGAUAUCGCAAGGAUAUGGAAGCACGGAAACCGCAGCCUCUGAGGAGAAGCUGACAUUUAAGGAGACGGCUGUUUUGAGCUUCGAGUUCUGCAUGCUUUGGUUCUCAGCGAACUACUUUGCGUCCGCUUGUCUCGAAUACACAAGCGUCGCGAGCGUUACGAUCUUGACAUCCACGAGCAGUGUAUGGACUCUUAUCUUUUGCUCCCUAUUCGGAAUCGAGCGGUUCUCGACAGCCAAGAUCUUAGGUGUAGGAGCUUCUCUAGCAGGAGUAAUUCUUAUCUCGACUGUCGAUCUGUCCGGCAAAAGCGAUGAGGAUAGAGGGUCGUUCCCGCACAAGUCACCUACGCAAAUUGCGGUUGGAGACUCAAUGGCGCUUCUGAGUGCCGUUAUCUAUGGUCUUUACGUGACGGUGAUGAAGCGCAAGGUUCCAAAUGAGGACAAGGUCGAUAUGCAGCUGUUCUUUGGGCUUGUUGGUGUUUUCAACGUGGUUCUACUUUGGCCUAUCUUCUUUGUCUUGCAUUGGACGGGCGUGACCAGUUUGAAUUACCACCCAGUAGUACACUUUGGGGUAUCAUCAUUGUAAGUCUUUUUGGUUACGCCGAAAUACCAGCAAACUAACACAUGACCAGUUCAAUGCGGUGUCUUCCUUCAU